CUUAAAUUCGAGGAUAUAAGAAAGGAAAUUAUCCCAGCCUGGUAUCGCGUCCUCCUUCACAACCACUACGAAGUCUACAAUAGGAGGCAAGUCAAUCGAGAAGAGUUGAUGAAGCACGCUCUCGUUACCGCGAUUCUAUGAAGGCAAUUUCCGAUAAACCACGCGUAUUCGAGCGACUCGAGUUGUACAUAAACCAGGAUCCUCCAGAGGAGUGGCCCGAGGACUACUAUCCGGCGUACGAAGAAGACUCCUUCUCUGACAAUUCCGAAGACGAAUCGCUCGAUCUUGAGAACUCCAAAGACGCAACACUCGAUCUUGACAGCUUAGAAGACGGACCACUGGAUCUUAACGCUGUGGAUGCAUACGUUGAGCUUACCAACGCACGACAGGAGCAAGUUUAGCCCAAUGUAAAGUUCUUCGGUCUCCUACAUUGCUCUUUUCUGGAGUACUCUACAUUUAACGCAAGGGACAAGAAGAGGCUCAUGGUGUGGUG